GCUCUUGUUCCAAAUCGGUGAAGCGCGUCACGAUCAGGUGGUGUCACGACCGAACUGUUUCCAUCACCGAUCACUCCUCCCUUCUUUCGAUUGUACCGGUAGAACCACUUGCUCUCAUAAUUGCAUUUGGACUUCUCGUGUUGAUUGUUGAUGCCAACGAAGUUCUGAUUUUCGAUGCUGCCGAGGUCAUUCUUCGUGCCACAAAAUCAAUCACCUGAAUUCAGAACAACCAUUGACAACAAACAAGCUGAAGAAUAUUUUUUAUCGACCUACCCACGAAAGAUCCACCGCUAUCCACUGCUAUCCACCUCUAGAUCACGAUGCUACGAAAAAUUGCCACCAGCCGAAUGGUGUCGUCGACCCUGGUCCGAGAGUCGCGAAAGGCUGUCGUUUCAUGGAUGCCCCCGGCGUCUACGCGAAACAUGUCGACGACAACGGUCGCCAGGGCGUUUCCUUCGACGAAUGCAUUUCAUUCCGUUCGAUUCCAAUCUUCUGCUGCUUCAGUGGAUAUGGAAGAAAGCACCACCGCAGCUGCACCUCUCACCACCAACCAUGCGAACGAAACCCGAGCCCCAAAAUUUGUCCCAACGCCCGACCGAAAAUACGAGUUCUUCGCCAACGUCGAGUUCACUCCAGAAGGUAUAGCUGUGAUCCGAUUCGAUUGUCCAAAGAAGGUCAACUCGAUUAGCUUUGCGCUUUCGGAGGAGGCCAAACAGUUGUGGGCAAACGAAAUUGAACACAAUUCUGGCGUCAAGGCCGUCGUUUUUUCGUCUGCCAAACCAGAUAUGUUCAUUGCCGGUGCGGACAUUUUUGAUAUCAAACAAGUAGAAAACAAGGAAGACCUCGUGGAUUUGAUCGAAGAAGGAAUGAAUUUCUUCAAACACAUGCGAACGAAGAAAGUCCCAUUAGUUGCGGCUAUCGACGGGCCCGCUCUGGGCGGAGGACUGGAAUGGGCCAUGUGGUGCGACUAUCGUGUCUGUUCAAAUUCCUCUAAAACAAAGGUGAGAAUGAUGUGUCGGAAACACUGCUAAUCCGGAUUUUCACUUAUAUAACGCAAUGCAUCCCGAACGAUUCACCUGCUGACACGACUGUCUCGUUCGAAUUUUGCUUUCUCGCGUCGUCCUACCCUCUGCAUCAUACUACGCAAUUCAAAGCUUGGCUUGCCAGAAGUCAAGCUUGGACUGCUCCCCGGGUUUGGUGGAACCCAAAAUCUCCACGAGCUUGUCGGGCUUCAAAACGCAAUGGACAUGAUGCUGACGGGCAAGGACAUCCGCCCAGACAAAGCCAAGAAGAUGGGGCUCGUGGAUUUGGUCGUUGCUCCACAGUCUGUCGAAAAAGACGCUAUCCAAAGCGCAGUCGACAUUGUCAGUGGAAAGAUCAAACCCAAGAGAAAACCAAAAUCCUGGAUGAACCGGCUCUUGGAGGAUACAUCAAUUGGACGAAAAAUCAUCUGGAGCCAAAUCGAUAAAAUGGUGCAGAAAAACACGAAUGGAAAAUACCCCGCACCGAAUGCUAUAAUUCGAUGCGUACAGCAUGGUAUAUCCAACCCAGCCACAAAGUUCGAGAACGAGCGCAAAGAGUUUGCGAAGCUUGCGGCAACGAAGGAAUCGGAAGCUCUCAUUGGAAUCUUUGAUGGAAUGACCCAGAUGAAGAAGAAUCCUUUCCAAAGCAGUGCCGCAGCUCCUGUAGACACGGUAACGGUCAUGGGUGCCGGUCUCAUGGGGGCGGGCAUUGCGCAAAUCACUGCCGAAAAGGGCAUGUCGGUAUUGCUCAAGGACCGCGACGACGCGGCCAUCGAACGCGGCGAGUCCUACAUGAGAGGUAAUUGGGACAAAAAAUUGAAGCGCAGGCGCAUGUCGAAAUUCCAACACAACCUGAAUACCUCCAACGUGGUUGGUUUGACCGACAAUAGCUCCAAUUUGGAGAAACAUUUCGGGAAAGUGGAUAUGGUAAUCGAAGCCGUGUUUGAAGACCUGGACCUUAAAAAGAAAAUAGUCGCCGACGUAGAACGAUUGGCGCCAGACCAUUGUGUGUUUGCAACCAAUACCUCAGCAAUUCCCAUCGGUGCAAUUGCCGAAGGCUCGAAACGUCCCGAAAAUAUUAUCGGCAUGCAUUAUUUUUCACCGGUGCCAUCCAUGCCUCUGUUGGAAAUAAUCCCACACGAAGGAACAAGCGAAACAACCAAGGCUACGGCGUUUGAUGUCGGAACAAAACAAGGCAAGACCUGCAUCGCUGUCAAGGACGUCCCUGGAUUUUAUGUAAAUCGUUGCCUAGGGCCAUUUCUUGUGGAGGUCAGCGCUUUGGUGUGCGACGGUGUUUCUCUGGAUAAGCUAGACAAAUCUGUGAAAAAUUUUGGCAUGCCAGUCGGUCCAGUGACACUAGCCGACGAGGUCGGCAUUGAUGUCACGUCCCACGUGGCUAGCUUCCUGUCCAAUGCAGAUUUGGGCGUUCGCAUGGAUGGUGGAAACAUUGAUCUCAUGAAGAACAUGAUCGGGAAGGGAUGGCUUGGCAGAAAAUCGGGGCAAGGCUUUUACACGUACGACAAAAAGAAGAAAGGAAAGACUGUAAGUCCAGAAGUGAAGGCAUAUUUGGACGAGUUUGUCACGCAGGAUUUGAACCUUGAUGAAAGCGAAAUCCAGAACAGAAUAAUCUCGAGGUUUGUGAACGAAGCCGCAAAAUGCCUGGAGGACGAAAUCAUCGAAAACCCGGUAGUGGGCGAUAUUGGUCUGGUGUUUGGCACAGGGUUUGCUCCAUUCCGUGGUGGACCCUUCCGGUACUUGGAUCAAGUUGGCGUUUCGGGGUAUGUUGACAUGAUGAAUGAAUUCGCCGACAAAUACGGACCUCAGUUUGAACCCUGCCAAUUAUUGAAGGACUAUGCCAUCACAGACAAGAAGUUUCACUUAGAUUGAUCAUUCCACGGGAACUGUCCAGAAUAAUUUGGGAGGAUUGAGAACAUCUAUUUUUCCACCUGAUUUCAGAUUUUGUACAGAUUAUAAUAUAUUAUGAGUAAGAAG